CCGCCAUUUGGGCCUCCGGCGCCUCCGAAUUCGAGCUCGGCGAUGCGCGAUCUCUCCGUCGGCUCCGAUUUCGUCCCGUGAGGCCCGCCUCCGGGAGAAUUUCCGGGGGCAGCGGUCGUGGUCGGACCGCGGCUUGUUGCGGGGAAAAUGCUGGAAGCGGCGGUGCAGAGCGCGGCGAACGGAGCGGGAUUGCCUCAGCUGCAGAGCUGCUGCGGCGGCGGCGGCGGGGGCGGGGGCGGGGACAGCAGCGAGGAGGAGCUCUCCGUGCUGCCGCGCCACACCAAGGUCGUCGUCACCGGCAACAACCGCACCAAGUCCGUGCUCGUCGGCCUCCAGGGCGUCGUCAAGAAGGCCGUCGGCCUCGGGGGUUGGCAUUGGCUGGUUCUGACCAAUGGAAUCGAAGUUAAGCUUCAAAGAAAUGCACUUAGCGUGAUUGAAGCUCCAACUGGAAAUGAGGAAGAUGAUGACCUUGAUUUUGAGAAUGGGCAAUUCAAUGGAUCAGAUAUGGCUUCAGAUGACACUCAGAAGUCACACAAAUCGAGGCAUCGAGUGCAUAAAUCAUCCGGGUCCUCCCACAAGACUAUGAGCCGGUCCCUCUCUUGUGAUUCACACUCUAAAGGAUCUAUCUCUUUUCCCCGUGGGUCCACAGUUGACCUUAGCAAAUUGGAGACAGCUGCUUUGUGGAGAUAUUUACGACAUUUUAAUCUUGUGGAUGCUAUCCCCAACCCAUCAAAAGAGCAACUAAUCAAUGUUGUUCAGAGGCAUUUCAUGUCGCAGGUAGCAGAUUGUUUAUGGGGCUCAACUGCAAUCUUGUUAGCGUUCAAGUUUCUGCGAGGUGCCAACAUGUUUCUUUGUCUUUUUUUUCCCCCUUGUUCCGGUGAAGCAAAUGGACGAGCUGCAGGUUAUUGUGGGGUUUGUUCAUGCUGCGAAGAAGAUGAAAACUGCUGGAAAGUUAACCCGAGAGAAAUGACCGCUUUUGCCGCCGUCCAUGCUAACUGAUCAACUGAUACUGCUACUGGAGUCCUCUUCCCGCAUUUGUAACAUAUGUGUCCAUGUGCUGUCUAUCCUUCUAGUCUCGGUUACUAGGUUUAGAGUUGGUCCCUGACUUGUAGAGUUUCUUGACAUUUUCAGGUAGAGCAUUAAACUUGUAGAUAUGAUGUGAGACUCUUGACAUGAUACUCAAGAACCAGCAAUCCCCUGUGGGUGACUUUAAAUUAAUUCCUGACUCAGGGAAGAGGAUUUCUCCAAUAUAUGUACAUAUGCUUCAUUUAAUCCAAUCUCUCUCUCUCUCUCUC